UUCGUAGUUUGCAAUUCCAUUCAAUUUAUUCAAAAAAUAACAAAACAAACAACGCCUCUCUCGCAGAGAACCCAUUUCUUCCAUUUCCACCAAUCGCUCUCUUGCUUCCUCUAUCUCCUACAGGUCCUGUCAGAUCCGCCACGUUCUUCCCCUUGGUUCAGAUCAAAGUUUGAUUACCUCAUUUUUUAAAAUCGUUCGUAGCCUUGACCUAAUCUUUGAUCCAAAUAGGGGGGGUUUUUCAGGGUUUCCGAUUUGGUUUAGAAGGGAUCGCAUAAGUUGGAGAUGGAGAAUUUGGACGUGAGGAAUGCAGAUUCUUCUCAAUGCGUGCGAGUCGCAGUUAACGUUAGGCCUUUGAUCACAUCUGAGCUCCUACUCGGCUGCACGGAUUGCAUUUCCGUUGCUCCUGGUGAACCUCAGGUGCAAAUUGGGUCGCAUUCAUUCACCUAUGAUUAUGUUUAUGGUAGUACGGGCCCCCCUUGUUCUGGAUUAUAUGACGAUUGUGUAGCUCCUCUUGUUGAUGCGCUAUUCCAUGGUUACAAUGCCACGGUUCUUGCAUAUGGCCAGACGGGUUCGGGAAAAACAUACACGAUGGGGACUAACUAUAUGGGGGAAGGAAGUAAUAGUGGAGUUAUACCUAAAGUAGUGGAAAGUAUAUUCAAAAGAGUGGAGACGACGAAAGAUUCCACAGAGUUUUUGAUUAGAGUAUCAUUUAUUGAGAUAUUCAAGGAAGAAGUGUUCGACUUGCUUGACCCAAAUUCACCGGUUGUCUCUAAAGCUGAUGGGGCAUCUUUGGCAAAGCCUGCAGUGCCAGCAAGAGUUCCCAUACAAAUCAGAGAAACAGUGAAUGGAGGAAUAACACUUGCUGGUGUGACUGAGGCGGAAGUUAGGACAAAAGAAGAGAUGGCAACGCAUCUAUCUCGUGGUUCUCAGUCUCGUGCCACUGGGAGUACAAAUAUGAAUAGCCAAUCAAGUCGCUCACAUGCUAUUUUUACAAUUACCAUGGAGCAAAAGAAAACGUCUCACUCCCUGCCUGGAGUAACUAAUGAUGACAUUGGUGAUGAUAUCUUAUGUGCAAAACUUCAUUUAGUCGAUCUUGCUGGUUCUGAACGUGCAAAACGAACGGGUGCAGAUGGCAUGCGUUUCAAAGAAGGCAUUCAUAUCAAUAAGGGUUUAUUGGCUCUUGGGAACGUGAUAAGUGCUUUGGGAGAUGAGAAAAAGAGGAAAGAAGGAGGUCAUGUUCCAUAUCGUGAUAGCAAGUUGACGCGCUUGUUACAGGAUUCUCUUGGAGGAAACAGCAAAACAGUCAUGAUUGCUUGUGUUAGUCCUGCUGAUACAAAUGCUGAAGAAACCCUUAACACUUUGAAGUAUGCAAAUCGUGCUCGCAACAUUCAGAACAAGGCAGUCAUCAAUCGUGAUCCAAUGGCAGCUCAGUUACAAAGAAUGCGGAGCCAAAUUGAGCAGUUGCAGGCUGAGCUUCUAUUUUAUCGUGGUGAUGCCAGUACACCAUUUGAGGAACUCCAGAUUCUCAAAUACAAAAUAUCUUUACUUGAAGCGAGCAACGCAGAGCUACAACGGGAGCUUCAAGACCGUCGAGUUACCUGUGAGCAUUUAACACAACGUGCUCUUGAUGCUCAGGUUGAAAAAGACAAGCUGAUCAUGAAAAUUGAAUCAGCUCGAAGUGGUAAAUCCUGGGAUGAGAUUGAUUCCAGUUCAAAUCAGGAUUUUGACUUGGUAAAACAUUAUGUCUCGAAAAUUCAAGAGCUAGAAGGAGAACUAUUGCACAUGAAAAAUUUGAAUAGCUCAAAACGCAGACGAUCUGUAGAUUGUGUUGACUCAGAUGAUGAUAGGUUUUGCUCGAAAAAUGGGCUAUUUCCAUCUACUAACGAGUAUCCAUCUGAUUAUGAAACGAAAGCUGUGGAUAUUUCAGAUGAGAUUGAAGAUGAUGAAAAGGAGCUAGAACAUUCCUCUCUUCAAGAAAAGUUGGAUAUGGAGCUCAAAGAAUUGGACAAAAAACUUGAGCAGAAAGAGGCUGAAAUGAAGCGGUUUGCAACUGUUGAUACUUCGGUUCUUAAACAACAUUAUGAGAAGAAGGUUCUGGAUUUAGAACACGAGAAGAAAUCUUUGCUGAAAGAGAUCGAGGAACUGAGGCACAAUCUUGCAAAUAUUUCAUCUACUUCUGAUGAUGGUGCUCAAAAGUUGAAAGAAAAUUACCUUCAAAAGUUAAAUAUGCUGGAGGCACAGGUUUCAGAGUUGAAGAAGAAACAAGAUGCUCAAGCUCAACUGCUGAGACAAAAACAAAAAAGUGAUGAGGCAGCAAAACGACUGCAGGAUGAGAUUCAGAGAAUAAAAUCUCAAAAGGUUCAACUGCAACAUAAGAUAAAGCAAGAGUCUGAGCAGUUUAGGUUAUGGAAGGCAUCAAGAGAAAAAGAAGUUCUUCAGCUUAAGAAAGAGGGGAGAAGGAAUGAGUAUGAGAUGCAUAAGCUACUAGCUCUGAAUCAGAGGCAAAAAAUGGUUUUGCAACGAAAAACUGAAGAAGCUUCUCUGGCUACAAAAAGGCUAAAAGAACUUUUAGAAUCACGAAAGGCUUCCUCACGUGAAACUUCUGGUGCUGGAAAUGGUCCUGGAAUUCGGGCUCUGAUGCAGGCAAUUGAGCAUGAGCUUGAAGUCACUGUACGGGUACAUGAAGUGCGUGCUGAGUAUGAGCGUCAGAUGGAAGAGAGGGCUAGGAUGGCCAAGGAAGUUGCAAGAUUGAAGGAAGAAGCAGACUUGCUCAAGCAGGCAAAAUUAAGUGAUGGCUGUGACACAAUGUCUCCUGGUGCAAGAAAUUCGAGGAUUUUUGCACUUGAAAACAUGCUAGCUACUUCAUCCAGCACCCUGGUUUCUAUGGCAUCGCAGUUGUCAGAAGCAGAAGAGCGUGAACGGAUUUUUAGCGGCAGGGGUCGUUGGAACCAAGUCCGGUCUCUCGCUGAUGCAAGAAAUAUAAUGAAUUAUUUGUUUAAUUUAGCAUCCUCCUCCAGAUGCUCUGUACGAGAUAAAGAAGUUGCCAGCAGAGAGAAAGAUUCAGAAAUAAGAGAUUUGAAAGAAAAGGUAGUGAAACUCAGUAGUUAUGUCAGGCAGGCGGAUAAGCAAAAAGCAGAACUUAUACAUCAAGUGAAGUCACAGAACUCAGCCUUGAAGAAAUAUUCCAUGAGAAGUGAAAUAGAAGACCGGAUUUCUGACCUGAACAUUGGGGGACAUAAGUAUGACUUGCGCAAACAGGAUCAGCGGAGCUCCAUUUUCUUAUUGGAGGACAUGGAUACAUCUGAAUCAGAACAUGGUGAAGAAGGACAUGAUGAUGAUUGGGUACAUGCCUGCUGCUCUUGUAGCAGGUACUCUUCAUGCAAAACAACGAAAUGCGAAUGCCGAGCUGAUGGGAGGAGUUGUGGGGCAUCAUGUGGUUGUGUGGCUACAAAAUGCACCAACAGAAGAUCUGCCUCGACCAACGAGUUGGAUGAGUCGCCGGGGACCGAGAUUUUUGAAGGCAGUGGGAGCGGUUCGGGGUCUGAUGAAAAGGAGAAGAGUCACGCUCUUGUUUCUCAAGGUGCCAUGUUACUUCAGAGUGCACUUGUUGAGAAGCCUGCCGAGACAAAUGGUGAAAAUGGGCCUAGAAGGAAGCCUCUGUCUGACAUUGGGAACACCUUGGCCAAGUCAAAAGCACCAAAGCCUAACCAGAGAAAGAAAUGGCGGACAUCUACUGUUCUGCUUGUUUCUGGCCCUCCACCACCGUCCUCGCAGCCAGAAAACACUGGUGCCCCCCAGAAGCCAGAUAAUAGUAGUGCUACUGAGGGGGACAUCCCUUUAAAGCUACCCAGGGCUAUGAGAUCGGCUGCAUCAAACAGCGGCAACCUAUUGAGAGAGAGGAAUGCUGGUCAAUCAGAUGCAGCUGCGAACAAGGAGCCUGCUGUUCUUACUCCAACCAGUCCUCUCCGGCAGAGAAGAUCAGAGGAGAAAGAGAACAAUGCUUUCUGUGGAUUUGUUGAAGAAAGGGACACGAUGUCUAACAAAGAGAAAUGUAUUGUGAUAGGUUUUCUGAAUUUCCAUUUUCACUUUUUCCCUGCAUUGCAGAACAUGAAGAAGACGAAUCGUCGCUCAAAGCAAGCGAGCCCAGGCAGUGCGUCGCCAUCAGCUCCUGACAAUAAGCAAAAGCAGCAUUACGAGGAGAGAGUUCGUCAGCUCCAACAAGAAAACAACGCGUUUCAGAAGGAGAAUGAGGAACUAAGGAAACAACUUGCAAAUGUUUCAUCUACUCCUAAUGUUGGUGUUGUAAAGCUCAAAGAGGACUAUCUGCAAAAGCUGAAUGUCCUUGAAGAACAGGUUACAGAGUUGAAGAAGAAACAAAAUAUUCAAUCUCAACUCUCAACUCAAAGACCGAAAGGUGAUGAAGCAACAAAAAGGUUACAGUUCGAGAUUCAAAGUUUAAAGGCUCAGAAGGUUCAACUGCAAUGUAAGAUCAAGCUACAGUCAGUGCAGUUUAGGUUAUGCAAGGCUUCACUGGAAAAAGAAGUUCUUCAGCUAAGGAAGGAAGGAAGGAGGAAUGAGAAUGAGAUGCAAAAGAUAUUUGCUUCAAACCAAAGACUUAAGAUGGUUUUACAACGAAAAACAGAAGAAGCUUCCAUGUCUACAAAACGGCUAAAAGAGCUUUUAGAAUCUCGAAAAGCUUUAUUGCGCAGAUCAGCUGGCGCAAGAGGUGGGAACAUUCCUAGAAUUCAGAGUGUUGAACAUGAACUUGACGCCACAACACGGUUACAUGAAUUAUGUUCUGAAUAUGAACGUCAAAUGGAAGAGAUGGCUGAGGAAGUCGCCAAGCUCAAGGAAGAAGCAGAAAUGCUGAAGCAAGAAAAUUAUAGGUGCACAUUACAGGAGAAAGAAGUUGACUGCUUAGAGAAGGAUUUAGAUAUAAUAGAGCUGAAGGAACAAGUAGUCAGUCUAAGUGGUUUGCUUGCACAACUAAAAAUCCAAAAGGCUGAACUCAAUCAUAGGGAUAAAUUACAGGAUGAUGUGAGUCAACCCUCUUUUUCUCUUGGGAGUAGUGAUGAGUUAUUUGAGGGCCCAAAUACAUCUGAAUCAGAAAAUUUUGGGGAAGCUAAUAAUGCAAAGAAGAAAAGUGCAGUUGGGAAGUGCUGCUCGUGCAGUAAGAAAUCUUUGUGCAAGACAUCAAAAUGUAAAUGCAGAUCUACGGGUGAUAGCUGUGGAAAAUCAUGCGGCUGUGCACUUUCUAAGUGCACCAAUAGAGAAGCAGUUCCAGUCAAGUUGAGCAACUCCCCACAAUCAGAAACGGCUGAAAGCAUUCUGGAUUGUUCAGACAUUGUUGAGGCAGAGAAGACUGGCAUUGCUGGUUCUCAAGGCGCAAUUCUACUUCAUGGUGCACUAGCUGAGAAGCCUCCUGCUGAGAUGAACAACAAUUGUAGGCCAAGAAAGGAUCCUUUAUGUGACAUUGGGAAUACUUUGAUUGAAACAGACGCUUUAAAACCUCGCCAGACAAAGAAAGGGCGAAAGCCGGUAAUUCAGCUUGUUGCCGCAGAUCCACCUUCCUCGCUGCCAGAAAAAAUCGAAGCCCCAAAAGAAGCAGAUAAAAGUAAAGUGCAGGUAGCAGUCCCUCAUCUUGAUGACCUGGUACCUAGUAAGGCAACUGGUGUUCCUGCUGCUAGAUAUCCGGUCCGGCAGGCCAGAGCAUUGAAUCAAAAAGAGAACCAUAGCCUUUGAAUUGAGUCAAUUGACAAUUGUUCCUUAAUCCCCCCUCUUAGUAGGAAAUCCACACCAACACAGGAGUUUGAGGUACGAAAUUCACACCAAUACAUACAGUUUGAGAUGUACAUCAUUAGUUGGAAGUGAAAUUUUCUCUUGGAAUCUUAAGAGAAUAUUGUCUCACGGGAAUGGAUUUGUGGAUUGUGA